AUGGAUAUCUCCGGCAUCGCAUUGAUCACGGGCGCCGCAUCAGGUAUUGGCAGAGCAUGCGCUCUGGGAUUUGUCAGAGACGGUGCUUCCGGUAUUGCCCUCCUGGACCUAAGCCAAGCAGCACUCCAGAAAGUCAAGUCCGAGAUCCAAGAAAAGCAACGCGAGUUGGGCCACACCAAGCCUUGCCGAGUCGAGAUCUACCCCACCAACGUCGCCGACGAGAAGCGCGUCGAUGAAGUUGUCGAUGAGGCCGCGAGGACAUUUGGUCGCCUUGACUAUGUCGUUAACGCCGCCGGAAUCGCAAUGAAGCAUCUCGGCGGUGCAGCUUUCGCGGAGACAGCAGACUGGCAACGCAUUCUAGACGUCAACCUCAAUGGAACAUUUUAUGUCCUGCGCGCUGCAGCGAGAAUUAUGUUGAAGCAGGAGCCUAUUCGCUCUGUUAUUGACGGCAGGCCAUUGCAGCGGGGUUCUAUUGUCAAUUUCUCCUCUAUUCAGGGCCUGGUCGGCAUUACCCUGUCAACGGCGUACACGACUACUAAGCAUGCAGUUAUUGGUCUGACUCGCACCGCGUCGGAGGACUAUGCAAACAAGGGACUUCGCAUUAAUGCGAUCUGCCCUGGAUACACCGAGACCCCUCUCACGACUAAGUCGCCUGAGAUCCUGAAGGCGAUGAUGGAGCGUGUUAGUACAGCGGUUCCUAUGGAGAGGAUGGCCCGGCCAGAAGAGAUUGCCGAUGGGGUCCUAUACUUGUCUGGGGGUCGGAGUUCGUUUGUGACUGGAACUGCGUUGAGUGUGGAUGGUGGUUAUGUGUCACGUUGA